CACCACAACGCAUGCCGGACCCCUUCGCCGCCGCUUCGCGAUGACGCGGCGCCCGACCUCUGGCUGCCAUUUUGCAGUGACGAGAGACGAGGCCGCAGCAGCAGCAGCUCCACCACCACCAUCAUCACUACUAUCACUAUCACCAUCACCACCGCCGUCGUCGUUUUCUCUCCCUCGUCAGAGACCUUGCUUUGCAGUUGCUUCCCCAGCGAGGAGACACAGAGACAACCAAAGCUACGAUGUCAAGUCUCUGGAUUGGCGACCUGGACCCAGCCAUGGACCAGAGUUUCGUGGCACGAGCAUUCGCCUCUGUGGGCGAAAAUGUGACGGGCGUCAAAAUCAUCCGGAACCGGCUGACCGGAGCGCCGGCAGGGUAUGGCUUCGUGGAGUUCCUUGAUCAGUCCACGGCCGAGCGUUGCCUCCACAGUCUCAAUGGACAGCCCAUUCCCGGCGCGGCGCACCACAAACUCUUCAAGCUGAAUUACGCGAACCACAACAGGACACCGGUGAACGACGGGGCUAGGAGUUACUGGGCACAGAGACCCACAACCAUGGCUCCUCGGUCAGACGGAUUUACGCCUCGCCCCCAAGGGUCGGACUUCUCGCUCUACAUUGGUGACCUGACACACGACGUCGACGACUUCCAGCUCUACGACUUCUUUGUGCGGCGCUACCCUUCAUGCCGCGCCGGCAAAGUGGUGGUGGACGACCUUGGGCACUCGCGGGGAUUUGGGUUCGUGAGGUUCCGAGACGAGCGGGAGCAGAAGGCUGCCCUGGUGGAGAUGCAGAGCGCCGUGGGGCUGGGCGGGAGGCCUCUGCGCAUCAACCUCGCCAACCCCAAGCGCGACGACUAACUGCUCUCGUCUGUGUCUCCGUCAGAAUCAACUGAAGCGCAUAGUGAAGGGUGUGAUGACGGUGGAGAUGAUUCACAGAUGUGACAGAACGAGUGCUUUCCAAGCAAGAAAGCUCGUCAGCAUUUGGAGGUCGGCGGACCAUGCCAACCCAUUAGUGAUUUUUCUUACGACAAAAAACAACUUAAGGGACUGCAUUGGCAGCAGAGUACAAGCAUAGACCGCAAGCACCCAUCACCUUCAUCAUUACCACUGCCUUAUAACCAGAGAUCACCUGAUAACAGAUUGCAGUCGUUAAAGUCUGGUGUCAGCCAUUAAACGCUCGGAUCUCCCUUGGUAACGAUGAUUCGAUUUUCACUCUCGAUAUUCCAUCGGCAGCAUCCGAUUUAACAAAGAAUGGCCAUUGCCCAAACCAUUGGCCCACUAUCUAUUUAUCCAUUGUAAGGCAUAUUUAUCCGUUAAAAGGCAUUCGUAAUCAUGAUACUGAUGAGGUUUUUCUUUUUUUCUUAUCGUGUUUUCAAACUUAUUUCCUUAUUAACGUAAAUUUACUGUACAUGUUAGUGCCUCAUUUUUAUAAUGCACUUAUUUCGGCAUGCUUCUGUGUGGUUGUAAAAAUGAGAAGAGGCUUUGGAGGGUUGUGGAGAAGCAUCAAAGCGUGAUCUACAAUGGUCCUGCGUCUUGACGUUACAAACAUUUCUUGAAUAACGCGGUGAAUAGCGGUUUUCGUUCCUGAAGUGGUUUAUAGGCAUUGGAUGAUGCACAGAUUUCAUCGAUUAAAAUCGAUUUUUACGCUCACGAUGUACAUCAAAGCAUGGGUGCGAGGAUCGAUUCUUAUUGAUUCUUAUAUGUUGUAUAUGAUUGAUUCGUGUAAACCCUGCAGCCGCUAGAGGCGCUACACUCACCGCAAUGGCAUCACAUGCAUUUAUCGUUGAAUCCAAUUCUGACUGAAUUGCGACAAUUUAUCUGAUUGCAAGGGGGGACAGAUUGUUACACGCCUCGUGGUUUGAGUCACUGCAGUAUUUCAUGAAAUUUUUAGGAAACUGCCCCUCAAGUCAUGAUGGGUAUCUACUGUACUCUGUAAACGUUAUGUGAAAGUGUUUUAAGUUUUGUGAACAGAAACAUGAUCUUUUGAGUAUCUACAGUGGUCUAAAUAAAUUCCUGCUUUUAACAUUUAAA